CAUGUAUGCAUGCACUGCUUUAGUUAACAUUCAGACGAGACACGAUUCAGAUCAAAUACUAUUCAAUAGUGCUCCAUUCUGUGAAACAACCAAAAUAAUGUCCAACGCCUAUUUCAUCGGUGUUGACGUCGGUACCGGAAGUGUCCGAGCGGCUCUGGUUAACAGCAGUGGCAAAGUGCUGAAAUCUUACGUAAAACCAACGCAAACCUGGAACCCAAGGCCAAACCACUACGAGCAAUCGUCCGACAACAUCUGGAGCGCUGUUUGUGAAUGCGUUCGAAAUGUCGUGUCACAAUGUCCGCGCGAGCAAAUAAAAGGCUUAGGGUUCGAUGCCACCUGUUCAUUGGUUGUAUUGAAUAAGGACGGCAACCCAUUAACUGUUAGCACAACCGGACAUAACGAACAGAACAUUAUACUCUGGAUGGAUCACCGUGCCCAGGAAGAGGCAGAUUUUAUUAAUUCUACGAAGCACGAUAUCCUUAACUAUGUAGGUGGAACUGUUUCGCUGGAAAUGGAAUGCCCUAAACUGCUAUGGUUGAAAAAGAAUAUGUUUGAGCAGACUUGGACUAAAGCAGGAGCAUUCUACGAUCUCCCGGAUUUUCUAACUUACAAGGCUACAGGCAAAUUGUCAAGAUCAAUCUGUUCUGCUGUUUGUAAGUGGAACUAUGAUGCAAUUAAAGCGUCUUGGUCGACGGAUUUCUUGAGCAAGAUAGGACUUCAUGAUUUGACCGAAAACAACUUUAGUCUUAUAGGAGAAAAUCUCAACAGCCCAGGAACCGCAAUUCCUGGUGGAUUGUCCAAGGAAACCGCUAAAGCUAUGGAUCUUCUUCCGGGAACCGCCGUAGCCACAUCGAUGAUCGAUGCACAUGCAGGUGCUUUGGCGUUAUUGGGAGCACGCAACCCGGAUAACAAAUUGUCCGAAUCUUUAACGUCAAAAAUGGCCAUCAUUUGUGGCACUUCUUCAUGCCACAUGAGUAUCACGGAGGCACCUAUCAUGGCACCGGGUAUUUGGGGUCCUUAUAAAAAUGCCAUAAUACCUAAUUUGUAUCUCAACGAAGCCGGACAAAGCGCCACGGGAGUGCUGAUGGAUUUCGUUCUGCAAACACACCCGAGCUAUGGCCAAUUACUGCAGGAACACGAUUCCAAUGGCAAAAUAUACGCAUACUUAAAUGACUUGCUUCUAGGAUUGAAGCAACAACGGGGUCUAUCUUCGGUACACAGGCUAACCACAACAUUGCAUAUUUGGCCCGACUUUCAUGGUAACCGAUCUCCCCUAGCGGAUCCCACGUUGAAAGGAAUGAUAUCUGGUUUAACAAUGACGAAGGACGUGGAAAAUUUAGCCUUGCUUUAUCUUGCACUAAUACAAUCGCUGGCGUACGGAACCCGACACAUCCUGGACAUUCUGGCAAAAUCCGGUCGCGAACCAAUACGGUCCAUAUUACUUUGCGGAGGUCUCAGUAAAAAUGCCUUAUUUGUACAAACGCAUGCCGACAUCUGUUCCAUUCCGGUGCUGUUACCUCACGAGACGGAGGCCGUUUUGCUCGGGUCAGCAAUGAUGGGAGCCUGUGCCGCCGGAGUAUUUGCAGACUUGAAGACUGCAGCAACGGAAAUGGGAGGCACGGCCGAAGUAGUAAAACCGGACAUGAGCGACGAUAAUCGCGAUUACCACGAACGAAAGUAUCGCGUGUUUCUAAAAAUGGUUGAUGAUCAAAGAACCUAUGAGAAACUUAUGAACAAUUAACAACUGGAUCUUCGAUCUACCAGGAAUUUCUCACAAAUCAGUUGUCCAUAGUGUAAUAGCGUUUUUGAGCCAACCAGAAGCCAUUUAUAUACAUAACAUUUAGGAGUAAAACUAGUAAUCAGCCGUUAGUGUAACUAAA